AUGGCGACAAAAAGAAAAUACAGUCCACUUUGGACUCACUUUGAAGAGGUUGCAGAAAAAAAGGCUAGAUGCCUCUAUUGCUCAAAAGCCAUUGCUUUUUCUUCAAGUUCAAUUGGCAGUCUGAGCCGGCACAUGAAAGCACUACAUCCCACUGUUAAUAUUAACGAUAAGAGACAAGACCGUGUUGAUAACGAAGAAACGGCUGUGCAGAAUACAAAUUCAAGAUGUAUUCCACCAGAUAACACUGCGGGGAAAUCAACUACCUCCAUCCCGGCUAUGACGUCCAUUAGGAAUACAACCAAUAUACAAAACUACAUUAUUGUAAAAAGACCAAUUCCAAUAAAUAGAGUUCAGCAGCUAGAUGAACAGUUAAUUAUAAUGAUCGCCAAAGGGUAUCAUGCAUUUAGGUUGGUCGAAGAACCUGAAUUUAAAAAAUUUACGGAAAUGCUAAACCCAUCCUAUAGCUUACCGACACGCAAGACUUUGUCGGAUAGCAUUUUACCCAAACUAUACAACAAAUUAUUGGAAGCUUCCAAAAUAAAAAUUGCCGGAGCCACCGCUAUCUGUAUUACCACCGAUGGAUGGACCUCAACUGUCAACGAUGGUUUCAUCGCCAUCACGGCCCAUUAUAUCGAACAAGAAAAUAGCACAAUACACUCUGUAAUGAUCGGGUGUAUAAAUUUUGAAGAACGGCAUACAAGUGCUAAUUUAAAAGAUUUUUUACACCAAAAGUUUGUGGAAUGGGGAAUCCAACACAAAAUAGGUGCAGUGGUGAGCGAUAACGCUGCAAAUAUUGUGGGUGCUGUACAAUUAGGCGGUUGGCGUUCAAUAAGAUGCUUUGCACAUUGCUUAAAUUUAGUUGUCCAACAAAGCUUGAUAUCAAUAUCGGCAACUGUAACUAAGGUUAAGCACGUAGUAGAAUAUUUUCACAGGAGUAUACCAGGAGCUAAAAAAUUAUGUGAAAUACAACAGCAGAUGAAUUUAACUCCUCUCAAAUUGAAGCAGGAUGUAGUGACACGUUGGAAUUCCACGUUUGAAAUGUUGCAACGUUUUUUGCAAAUUAAAAGUGCUGUGAUAGCUACGCUUGCUCUUAUGAGAGAUGAUUUAGCUUUGUCUCAAGACGACUGGAUCAUUAUUGAAAAUGCUCUACCUAUUUUAAAAAUAUUUAACGAUGUGACGGUCGAAAUUAGUGGCGAGAAAUACGUGACAGCCUCGAAAUACAUCGUCUUUUGUAAAUUAAUCAAUAUCAAGUUAAUUAAAUUACCAGAAAGUGAAAUAACCCCAAUUAAAAAUCUGAUAGCUGAUUUAAAAACUCACAUGCUACAGCGUUUUCAUGAUAUUGAAAGUAACGUGCUCUUAUGUGAAGCGACUAUUCUCGAUCCUCGUUUCAAAAAGAACGGGUUUAGUGACCCCAGAAAAUAUGAAAGAGCAGCUUCACAUUUGAAACAAAAAAUCGGUGCUGCCGAUGCGACACCAGCCAGUAGUGAACAUGUUGAUGAGGAUAAUUCUGAUGUUCCUCCAGCGCCAUCCGAAGCUGCUAAUUCCAUUUGGGCAGAGUUUGAUGUAGAAGUUUCCAAACUAGUGCCUCAAAAUUCACUUGCUGCAGGAAUAGUCGAAUUCGAUAAAUAUAUACAAGAACCAUUAAUUACAAGAUUAGAAAAUCCUUUGAGUUGGUGGAAGGAGCGUAAAGCAGUGUAUCCUCGUCUUUAUGCAUAUAUGCUGAAAAGGCUUAAUAUUACAGCCACGUCAGUACCCUGCGAACGUGUUUUCUCAAAAGCAGGCUUAACACUCAAUGAAAGGAGAACACGUCUAACGACAAAGAAAUUGUCACAGUUAAUGUUUAUUAGUUGCAACAUAUAAAAUAUCUUUACUUAAAUAAGAGAACACCCAUCUUAGCCGGCGAACCCUCUCCGGGUUGUUCCGCAGGGCUCAAUCCUUGGUCCUGUCCUAUUUUAAAUUUAUAUAAAUGACUUACCUUACUAUGUAAGAGAUAACCAUGGGAUAGUAUUGUUCGCGGAUGAUACAUCACUUUUAUUUAAACUCAAAAGCAAGGAAAAGUUAUUGACGACGUGAACAAUUGUAUUUCUAAGGUAGUCCACUGGUUCAAUGUUAACAAUUUAUUACUUAAUGAAGGAAAAAUGAAAUGUAUGAUAUUUGUAUUACCUAAUGUAAAAUAGGUGAAUUUAAAGGAUAGGAAUGUGAGCCUUAUAGACACCACAGUAUUCUUAGCGAUAACUUUAGAUUCUAAGCUUUAAUGUGGUAAAGAAAAAAAAAUUGGACGUUUCAAAAGAGUUGUACUAUACAUCCAAUUUUAAUAAAGAUAUAUUGAUUUCUGAUUUCUGACUUGGAAAAGAAAAAUAAUGGUACUUGAAUGAGAUGACACUAUAACUAACGUAAGAGCCACGGUUGAUGAUUUAGUGUUGGAACAAAUGAAUGUUAUUGUAUGUCUUUGAUGUGCUUUUAGCAGGGAUGGUACACCGCUGAUUUAGAAAGGAGAGUAGGUUCGUCAAGUUAGAGAGACAUAAAUUGAAACUAAAUACAGGCUCUAUUUUGUUUUUGUUUGAGAUCAAAUAAAAAAAUGUAUCACCUUUUACGAAAAUGACCAUUAUUAUUUAUUACCUACACGAAUGCACGGUUUUUAGACAUUUUUUAAUAAAACUUUCACAAUUGAUAAAAAAAUCAUUUUUGUAUGAAAUAAGUAAAUAACUAACCUUACACUUAAACAGAACAUAUUACAAACUAGCUAAACAGCAAGAACUGUUUCAGGUGAUAGUAGUACUAUUUUAACCAUCACUCAAAACAUU